UUGUGGGUGAAAUUUUCACAACCAUCCUCUCUCUCUUCCGUUCAAUCUCUCUUUCUUUCUCCGUCGCGUGCUCCGACGCAGAAGCAGUAAUCAAGAUGAGUAGACGGCCGAGCAAAAGACAGAGAAGCAGCGACCAUACCGUGGUGAGAAUCUGGGAAAGGGAGCUGGGUCAGCUGCCCAAUCGUAGUUUCUCCAAUCGUUUCUCAGCCUCUGAGCAUCUAUUAAACCGACUUGGUCUCCACAAGAAGCUCCAAGAGCAUACGGGCUGUGUCAACACUGUAAGCUUCAAUGCCGAUGGAGAUAUCCUUGUGUCUGGUUCUGAUGACAGGCAGGUUAUACUCUGGGAUUGGGAUACUGCCACUGUCAAGCUCUCUUUCGAUUCUGGCCAUUGCAACAAUAUUUUCCAAGCCAAGUUCAUGCCUUUCUCUGACGAUCGCAGCAUUGUCACCUCUUCUGCUGAUGGACAGGUUCGCUAUUCGAAAAUUCUAGAGUCGGGACAAGUAGAGACUUGUAUGUUGGGUAUACAUCAAGGACAGGUCCACAAGUUGGCUAUUGAGCCUGGUAGUCCUUUCUCAUUCUACACUUGUGGUGAGGAUGGCGUUGUAAAGCAUUUUGAUCUUAGGACACGGGUGGCUACAAAUCUUUUCACUUGUAAAGAAGCAAAGUACAAUUUAAUUGUCUACUUGAAUGCAAUUGCAGUUGAUCCGAGGAACCCUGGUCUUCUUGCCGUGGCUGGAAUGGAUGAGUAUGCUCGUGUCUAUGACAUUCGUAGCUACCGCUCCGAGACUUGGUAUAAUUAUUCCGAACCCGUAGACCACUUUUGUCCUGCUCAUUUGAUUGGAAGCGACCAUGUGGGAAUAACAGGCCUGGCUUACUCAGAUCAAAGCGAGCUCCUUGCUUCAUAUACCGACGAGUUCAUCUAUCUUUUCAGCCCUGGUAUGGGGAUGGGCCCGAAUCCCCCUUCUUCAUCUGAGACUGAUACUGAGACUGAGACUGAGACUGAGGUGAGGAAGACGAUACAGCCGCAGGUUUACAAAGAGCACAGUAACCGGGAAACAGUCAAAGGUGUGGGCUUUUUUGGACCCAAGUGUGAGUAUGUUGUCAGUGGUUCGGACUGUGGCAGAAUAUUUAUUUGGAGGAAGAAAGAUGGAGAGCUUCUCCGUGCCAUGGAAGCAGAUAAACAUGUUGUCAACUGUAUAGAGUCUCAUCCUCACAUGCCACUCAUGGCUAGUAGUGGAAUCGAGACUGACAUCAAAAUAUGGACUCCUGGAGGAACUGAGGAACUCGGUUCGCCUAGAACUGCUGAACAGGCCUCGGUUUCUGGUAACUCUCGUUGGUUCAUGUUUUAUGAUGAAGAGGGAGAUGAUCAUGCACGCGGGUAUUAUGUGGCCGAUUGUGAUGAUGAUGACGAGGAGGAGGAAGAUGAAGAUGAUUCUGAUGAUGAGAGUUCAGAUGAUGAUGAGAGUGCAGAAGAGGAGGGGGAUAGUGAUGUCGACGUUGAGAUUAGGAAGGAUAAUGAUGAUGAUGAUGAGGACCAAGGAUGAUCACUUGUACGGAUUACAAUACAUAGAGAUACACUAGAUUUUUUUUUUUUUGAGCAACAGGUACACUAGAUUAACACAGCAAAUGCUCUACAAAAAAAGAGCGUUUAGUUAGAGA